UAAUCUUUGCUCACCAUCUGACCACACAGAGAGGCUCGAGAGUGGAGAGGAGCGCCGCCUCACUGUUAAGGGGUCACUGUUUCUGCUGUUCUUCGUCAAAUCGUGGGAUAGGAACAACAUUUUUUAUUUUUUAUCACCAAGGGUUUCUUCUCAGAUUUGGACUAUGACUGUGGAGCUCUUUGUGCACUUUUCCUCUCGUCUCCUCAGGGUAUUACCACAGGAAUAGUAGUGUGUGUUUGUGUGUGUGUACUUGUGUGUGUGGGUCCAGCAUGAUGCCUGUCUCUGAUAGUGUUGAGUCUAGCAGCUGGAGUGGAUCAUCAUGAGAAAGGGUCACCACCAGCGAGGGUGUGGGUGUCAGCACCUGUUCAGAAAACUACUCAGCAAAUGUGGCUGCUGUUUUGUUCGCGUUAGAGCAGCAGAGUCGUACUCUGUGGCAGGCAGUGACGGCAGUAUCCCCCCAUCUGUGGGCUCCAUGCCCCACCAGGCCUCAGGCAGCUCCAGCCCCUGCUCACACUCCUUGUCUGGAUCACGGCACCCUGUCAGUGCCCUCAAGAAAUGGCUCACCAAUCCCGUCCGCAAGAUGAGCUCUGAUGCCAGAGGAGGAGCGGGAAAAGCAGAGAAGCAGAUGUGCAGGUCAGACGGGAGGCAACCGCCGUCACUUCUUUCCCACAGUGAAUCUCAGCUGAGGCCUCUGGUGCAGCACGACAACUACACCAUCCUCCCCUCUGGAGAUACGGUGUCAAACGACGGUCUGAUGAGUCCAGAAGCUCCAACACAGUCGUCCUGCCAGGGCCAAAUAUCAGGCAGAGACACACAGAGUCUGAGCCAAAGAUCCAGCAUCAACACUCUCCAAGGGGAAGACAGCUGCACUGUGACUGAUGACUCAGCCAGCCAGUGGUCUGCCACAGUGGACAGUGAAGAGGAGAGAAGCAUUGCCUUAGAGAAGAGCAUAUAUGUGUUGACAGAGCUAAUAGAGACAGAAAGGUUGUACGUGGAAGAUCUUGGACUCAUCGUGCAGGGCUACAUGGCCACCAUGGCCAAUCAGGGAGUUCCUGAGGACAUGAAAGGCAAAGACAGGAUUGUCUUUGGAAACAUCCACCAGAUCUAUGACUGGCACAAGGAUUAUUUCCUGGGAGAGCUCGAGAAAUGUGUGGGUGAUCCAGACAGCCUGGCCCAGCUCUUCAUCAAACAUGAACGGCGUCUCCACAUGUACGUGGUUUACUGUCAGAACAAACCCAAAUCAGAGCAUGUUGUCUCUGAGUACAUUGAAACCUACUUUGAGGAUCUCAGGCAGCAGUUGGGUCACCGGCUGCAGCUCAACGAUCUGCUCAUCAAACCUGUUCAGAGGAUCAUGAAGUAUCAGCUACUGCUAAAGGACUUCCUGAAGUACUACAGCAAAGCAGGAAGGGAUGCCGAGGAGCUGCAGAGAGCAGUGGAGGUGAUGUGUUUUGUGCCAAAACGCUGUAACGAUAUGAUGAAUGUGGGCCGACUCCAAGGAUUUGAGGGGAAAAUCACAGCUCAGGGGAAGCUGCUCCAGCAGGAUACCUUCUCUGUCAGCGAGCAGGAAAGUGGCCUCGUGUCCAGAGCCAAGGAGAGGCGCGUCUUCCUGUUUGAGCAGCUGGUCAUGUUCAGUGAGCCAAUUGAUAAGAAAAAAGGCUUUUCUCUGCCAGGGUACACGUUUAAAAACAGCAUCAAGGUCAGCUGUUUGGGCGUGGAGGAGCUCUCUGAGGAAGAUCCAUUGUGUCUGGUGUUGACCUCCCGCGGGACUGACGGCAGCGUGACACGCUUCAUCAUGCAAGCAUCAUCUCCGGAAAUAAAGCAAGCUUGGUUCGACGACGUCGUCCAGAUUUUAGAGACUCAGAGGAACUUCCUUAAUGCCCUUCAGUCUCCAAUAGAGUACCAGAAAAAGGAAAGCAAGUCAAACAGCCUGGGCAGGAACAUGAAGUCGCCAACUGCGUCAGCAUCUGGCCUACGACCUCACUCCUCUGCGUCCAUGGACCGCCGUCGGCAGCCCUGUCUGCUGUCCUACAACACCUCCCUGCCCUCGCUGCAUCCGCCACAACACAGCCCGGCCUCGAAGGUGGUUUCUAAUCCUUGUGUCGCAAUGCCUCAGGCAGCUCCACUCUCAUCCAACCAGCAGCUCGGUUUGUGCAAAGAGUUGAAACACACCCGGGGGACAAGCAAUGGCCUGCCGCCGUGCAGCCCACACGGCAUGCAGGGUAAAUGAGAGCAGGAGUUAUUCAGCACAUCUGCUAAACAACCUGGAUCAGCUGACGGAGAGAGCGAGCAGCAGUGACCCUGCGAGGACGGAUGAACUGACUUUCACCCUUUCUGGAGCUGGAGUGCUAAGACUGAGUCAGAGCUCUGUCAGCAUUGUUCGUUCCACUCCUGUACAGAAGUCAUUGAGGUUUUCAGUGUUUCCGUCUUCAUGUGUUGUCCUGAAUUUUUCUUCCAAUAUCGCUAAAUGGUUUAGGCUAAUCUGGGUUUGCUCUUGUAUAAUCAUGUUGUUUUUGAUUGUGCCCACAAAUGCUGAUAACAGAUGAGAUGAAACACAUAAAGUUCUUCAUAUUGUAUAAAUCAUUUCUUACUUUUUUCCACAGAAAAUUCCUCGAUGGAUAUUUUUGUAAUGCAUAAUAUUUUCAUAAGGGACCAAUUCCAUUUUAUUUCCCCCGAGAACUGGGAUUGCAAAUUGCUUUACGCAGCCAUACUCUGUCCUCAAAUAACUGCAUCCUUGAAAUCACUGGGUGACUGUAGAUUCCUGCUUCACCGUGGGAUCUGAAUCCACAUGAGUUGUGUUUGUCCGUGCGCUCCUCGCUCACAAUUAGCAAAUAGCUGUGUUUUCCUUUUCUGGUGGGCUAUUUUAACCCACCUACCAUUGUUAGAGUGUUAUCUGAAAUAAACACAUUUGCAAACUCAACACAAAGCAGGCGUCCUAAUCGCGCAGAGAGAGGAAAAAGGGAACAAAGAUACAACAGAGGUGCUCAUCUGUCACUGUCAUACUGAAUGUAAAUAAUCUCAUGUGGGGACCAUAUCAAUAAAAACUCUUUGACUCUUUGUGCUGUCCUGAUACACGCAGAAUUAAAGAGGAAUGUUGUUCA